GCAACCGCUGUAUAUAAAGUUGCAUCAAUUGCUGCUCAAAGUGGUAUACCUGUCAUUGCUGAUGGUGGGAUUUCAAAUUCUGGACAUAUAGUCAAGGCUUUGGUCCUUGGUGCAUCGACGGUAAUGAUGGGAAGCUUUUUAGCUGGAAGUGUUGAGGCUCCAGGGGUGUAUGAGUACCAGAAUGGUCGUCGUGUCAAAAAAUAUCGUGGAAUGGGCUCCCUGGAAGCAAUGACUAAAGGAAGUGAUCAAAGAUACUUGGGCGAUAAAGCAAAACUAAAGAUUGCUCAAGGAGUUGUUGGAGCGGUUGCAGAUAAAGGUUCUAUCUUGAAAUUCAUACCCUACACAAUGCAAGCAGUUAAGCAAGGAUUCCAAGAUCUUGGCGCCUCCUCUCUCCAGUCUGCUCAUGAUCUAUUAAGCUCUAGGGUAUUGAGGUUGGAGGCUCGGACUGGAGCU